AUGAACGUUUCAGCAGAGCGGAAGGCUGUCUAUCUAGUGACCGGUGCAAGCCGCGGUAACAAGUCCAGGGCUUCUGCUGAAAGCACAGUUUCAUCUAACGAUAAUCUAACAAUAAUAGGUCUCGGAAAAGGACUUGUCGCCGCGUUUCUCCUGCGUCCGAAUAGUAUCGUCGUCGCCGGCCUUCGCAAUGUGGCCUCCCAAGCAGCGACGCUUGAUGCGCUUCCCAGAGGACACAAUUCCGAACUGAUAGUCGUCCAGCUAGACUGUGCCUCGCGAACUGAACCCGAAGAAGCAGUAAAAUCUCUGCAGCACGACCACGGAAUAACCUAUCUAGACGUGGUGAUCGCGAACGCAGCCAUCGCCGCAAACUACGGGCCAGCUUCCACCAUGCCUCUCGAGCACCUAGAAGCACACAUGCAAACCAACGCCUACGCCGUUCUUCUUCUCUUCCAAGCCACUCGACUCAUGCUCCAGGCAGCGGGGGCGGAAAACAACAGACCACCGCAAUUCAUCUGCAUCGGCGCGCCAAUCAGCACGAUCACCGAGCUGGAAAGCUGUGCUCGGGCACCACUGACAAACUACGCGCUCUCGAAACUGGCAGCGUGCUACCUUGUGCGAAAGUUCCACUUUGAGAAUAAGUGGCUGCUAGCGUACAUUAUCGACCCAGGACAUAUCCAGUCCGACAUGGGCGCCCAGGCGGCCAGGCUCUUUGGGCGCAAGGAGGCGCCGACCACUAUCGAGGAGAGCGUGACUGGAAUUUGUUUCAGGAUGGCCGAGGCCAGCAAGACGACAACUUCUGGACGCUUUAUUCUUUUCUCGGAUGGCUCUGAUGUUCCUUGGUAG